UUUUACAGAUGUAUUUUGUAUAGAGAGUAAUUGUCAUUGUUUUCACCUCAUCCAGAUCCCAGUGACCAGAACUCCUAUAAAGAAAUCUGGUUGUCCUAAUAACGAAAAGGCACAGACAUCUAUCGAAACAGCCUUCGCCGCAGGAUCUAAAUACAAGUCAAACUCUGUGGAACAACGUGUCAAAGAACAAGUGCUCGCUCUUUGGAUUGGACACACUGGUCUACCUGCUUGCACAGUGGAGGAUGAAGAUUUCAUCCACAUGAUCGAGACCUUUGAUAAAAGGAUGACCAUACCCAAAAGAACAAAAAUAAACAACUUGGUUGACAAGAUUUAUGAUGAUGAAAAACUGAAGUACAAAGAGCAGCUUGCCAGAGCACCUAAAAUAACAAUUGGGCUGGACAUAUGGACCAAAAAAGGACUUACAGCUUCAUUUCUGGCAAUUAGUGCAUGUUUUUUUUUGCACUAUGGUAAACAAAGCACAGCACAUAUUGUUGAGACUUGAUCAGAUCGCACACCCACACACAGCAGAGUGUAUUAAACAUUCUGUUGACCAGUGCAUAGAGGACUGGGGAAUACCACAACACAAAAUUCUAACAGUCAUAACUGACAACGGAAGCAACAUGAUUGCAGCAUUUAAGUCUAAUGAACCAGAUGAGCCCACUAGCUCAGAGGAUGAAUCCACUGAGACGAGUGACCCUGAAGAUUCUGAGGUGGCUGUUAGAGAACACCAAAGGUUUGGAGCCAUAGAUAUGAGUAGGACCCCCUGCGUUGUACACACUCUACAACUUGUGGUGAACAUGAUCCAGAAAGACACAAGUGUCAACCGACUGCUGAGCAAAGUAAGAGGUCUUGUUAAGCUCUUCCGCAAGUCAUCGGUGGCAACUGAGCGACUGCUGCAGCUGUGUCAACUAACCCUGGUCAAAGACUGCCCUACUAGAUGGUCCAGCACAUAUCAGAUGAUAUCACGGCUUCUCAAAGUCAAGGACUCAGUAGUUCAGGUUGCGGAUGGGAUGGGCUGGGACUAUUUACUGCCAAGUGAGUGGCAUAAGCUGUCCGCUCUCUUAGAUUUACUUAUCCCCUUCGCUGAGCAUACCCAGUUGCUUCAAAGUGACACACAGUCAUUAUCCCUUGUAGUGCCUGCCCUUCUGGACCUGCAGGGUCACCUGUCUGAGUUCCCCCAUGCCUAG